AUGAACUCCUCCGAGAUCAGUUCUGACCAGCUCCAGCCAACCAACAGCACUGUUAGCCUGUUGAAUUGUCUGGGCUCCCCCAGCUUUACAGGUAGCGUUGUUGUCAUGACGAUAGACUUCACCUUCGGUGUGCCAGCCAAUGGCUGGUCUCUCUGGCUCAUCUCUAGCGGCGGGUGGAGUCUCAUCGAGUCCGAAAUCUUCACUUUGAAUCUGGUCUCCAUGGAGAUGGCCAGCACUCUCCUGUUCAUGUUGUCGAUACUCAACGUUUUCACACUGCGUAACCUGUCCUUGGAAUUGGCUUUUAAUUUCAUGUAUGGUGUGGUCUUUGCAGCCAGGCCUCUGUUCCAGUGCUGUAUCUGUGUGGAGCGCUACCUGGCGGUGGUCCACCCUGUGGUCUUCCUGAAGUACAAACCCCUGAGAUACAGGGUGGGGUGUUGUGGUGUAGUCUGGCUCUUAGUUCUGGUGUUCGGUGUAAUAAACUACAAAAUAUUAUCUGUAUACAAUAACUUGGGCAUAUUCCUCCCCGUACUGUCAAUGGACUUGUUCUGCAGCCUCUCCAUUCUCAGGGUUCUUAAGAAGCCUGGCCCGGGAGAUGGAGGGAAGGAGAAAGAGGGGGGAAACCUGCAGAAGAAGAGAGCUUUCAGGAUCGUCUCCAUCAUGGUGGUGAUGCUGCUGGUCAACUAUGUACCAACGAUCAUCAUGGCACCAAUGAUGCAUCUAUUUUCAGAGAAGGAAAACCUGUGUGAAAUAGCCCCACCCCUUGUCUCCUUCUCCAUUAUGGGCAGUUCUGUCCAGGCCCUCCUCUUCCUCCGCAGGGCUGGGAAGGUGCCAUGUCUCUGUGCAGGCAGGGGUAGCGGGGAGAACCACUAG